AUGGAUGACCUCGAAGACGAAUUGGAUCUUCGUUUUCACAAGGGACUGAAUCCCGAUGUCUAUUACCGCUGCCCUACGCUCGAAAUAAUAUCGUCUUCGCAAUCUUCAUUGGAGGGAGCUCUGCGCAAUGAACUGGACAAGAACGCAGCCAGCUUCAUACCUACAGACGUGGUGACCGAGUUCGUUUUUGCGACUGCCUCAAUCAUCACCAUCCCCGUGAUUCAGCAGCCGAGCCUUGACGCGCUCAUCCAACCAGCCGAUCACCUUCAGAGCAUUGCUGUCGAAUACGCCCUGUGUCGUGACAUUGACGGCAAAGAAAGGCUCAAGGUGCAGCGAGCAAUAGCGAGAUCCAUCAUCGAAGUCAUUCAGGACACCGAUGGGUUCAAAUACUCCGAGCGCUCUGCGCAGAGUAAAGAAGGCGGCGAUGGUACCAGGCUCAAGUAUGUUUGCCAAGACAGCCUCCAGAACCGCAAAAGCAACCUGAAGAAAGAAAGAUCUCACGAUAACGACAAAGACGAGGCUGGAGUCAACAGACUGCGGCCUGCUGUGCUGCCGACCUACAACUGCUGCGGCGCAAUACACAUCAAGUUCUCACUCAAGCGAGAUGCCAUAAAUGUCGUGUAUAAGCAUAAUCCUAUCCAUACCACCCGCGACAUUGAUGCCAGCCUACCUGCUUUAGCCACAGAUAACGGCGUAGCUUCCACAACCGCUACUACGAAAGAAAAGAACCCGCGCAAAAGAAAGCGCAGUAAAAAGGAUGUUGUUGAAGCGAAGAACGACUUCAGAGACCCAGAUAUGGACAUGUCAACGUCCCCGGAAGCGACGCAGUCAUCGACGCAGAAGAAGUGCAACGAAAAGGGUGCUGUGGCCUCUCUUAGGACAGUGCGGAAACCAUCCACCAAGAAGAGCAAGAACACCAAGUCGCCUGCAUCACCCACCAAAUCGAGGGAAAAGGCGCCCGUCAGUGAACCAUCACCGCCGCCGGUACCUGCUCGUGGAAAAGCUUGUAUCCGCUGUUGUGGAAAGAAGAUCAAAUGCAACGAGGCGAAACCGAAAUGCAACCAGCGCCGAAGAGGACUUUGGACCUGUCAGUACGAAGUUUCGAACAACAAGAAGCGCUCCAAAAACGGCUGUCUUAAUUGCAAGCAGAGACGACGGAAGUGUACAGAAGAAAGACCAUCGUGCGCAUACUGCUUACGACUGGACGAUGACUGCGAAUUCGCUGACUACACCUGAGGUUCUUUGCGUCUGGUAAAGUCCUAUAACUCAAGCGACAAGUGACUCAGCACCCGCCAAACGUCAGACUUGGCACCAAAUGCGCAGGCCUUGUGACGACCAUCAGAGUACUACAACAGGCUAAUUCUUGACAUGAUGCCAACUCUGUAGUCAUAUAGGUGUCUGAGACAUGCGUUAAAUUGUCGCUGUGCUAACAAGAGGACCAGACAAGAGAGCAUGCUGUACAAUGAGGCAUACGCUACCUUUUCGCAAUGUCAGCACAGGCAGGGCGGAUGCAAGCACAAGAGCUCCACAUAACAAUGCGCAAAGGUCAAGUGUACAAGGCCGUUCAAGCAAUUGACCCUUGAAGGCCUGCAAUUAAGAAACUUCACUCCUUUUGCAGUAAGUUUAUGCUAAGACCUCGGGCGCGAUGUAGCGUCCUGUAUUACUAGGGUCUUCG